GGAGGCGCGGGACCCGCAUCGGGUAAAAUGGGGCCCACCCCAUCCUUUAUCCCUUUCCUUUCCAUCUUUCUGGAACGAAGUGAUUCAUCACCCCCCUCGUCAACUGUAAUGCAACGCUUCUCCUACCUUCCUUCUUUCCUUCCUCUCGAUUCUCGACUCGCCAUCCCCUCCGAGAAACACAUCUCGCCCCACUCUCCAUAUCAUCUCGUCUACCCAGCUCGCCCCCGAUCUCUCCCCGGUUCUUGAAAGUCCUCGUCUUGCUUCUCGAGAGGUUGCGUCUCGUCUUGGGUGUUUUCAUCCGUUCGUACGUGGUGGGACAAACCAUGCCGAAACAGGCGUACAGAGUGUGCUUCUGCUUCCGCCGGAAGUUCGGGCUCACGGAGGCGGAGGCGCCGGGGGCGGUCAAGGACCUCUUCCGGCAGUACUCCGAGAAUGAGGUCAUGUCCGUCGAUCAGCUCCAGAGGUUCUUGAUCGACGUCCAGAGGGAAGACAAGGUCACCAAGGAGGACGCGCAGGGCAUCCUCGAUAGGCUUCACCAGCAGGGGCAUUUGAACAUUUUCCAGAGGAAGGGUCUCACUCUCGAAGCCUUCUUCUGGUACUUGUUUGGUGAUAUCAAUCCUCCUCUGUCGCCGAAUCUUGGGGUGCAUCAUGAUAUGAAUGCUCCUCUCUCUCAUUAUUACAUUUAUACUGGCCACAAUUCCUACCUAACUGGCAAUCAACUCAGCAGCGACUGCAGCGAUAAACCUAUUAUUGAUGCCCUAAAGAGAGGGGUUAGAGUAAUCGAAUUGGAUAUAUGGCCAAAUUCCAACAAGGAUGAUGUGCAUGUUCUUCAUGGAAGGACCUUGACUAGUCCAGUGGAACUUAUCAAGUGUUUAAGAUCUAUUAAAGAGCAUGCCUUUGUUGCAUCCGAUUACCCUGUUGUAAUCACCUUGGAGGAUCACCUCACUGCUGAUCUUCAAGCUAAAGUCGCCGAGAUGGUCACUCAAACAUUUGGAGAUGUACUGUUUUCACCCGGAACAGAGUGCUUGAAGGAAUUCCCCUCCCCUGAGUCACUGAAGAAAAGGGUUAUUAUAUCCACUAAACCGCCGAAGGAGUACCUUCAGGCAAAAGAAAGAACAGAGAAGGAAGUUGAUCCACAGAGAGGGAAGGCAGCAGAUGAAGAGGCUUGGGGAAAAGAAGUCCCGGACAUGAGACAAGAUGACGACAAGGAUGACGAUGAUGAAGAUGAUGAGGAUGAGGAUGACGAGGAUGACGAGGAUGAUAGUGCAGGUGGAGGUAAGCCACGGAAAAAUGCAGCUCCAGAGUACAAGCUGCUGAUCGCCAUUCAUGCUGGAAAGCCUAAAGGGGGAUUAGACGAUUGUUUGAAGGUUGAUCCUGAUAAAGUUAGACGUCUGAGCUUAAGUGAGCCACAGCUUGAGAAAGCUGUUGUCACACAUGCGAAGGAAAUUGUCAGGUUCACUCAACGGAAUUUGCUGAGAAUUUAUCCAAAAGGCACACGUAUCACUUCUUCAAAUUACAACCCGCUUAUUGGGUGGUCACAUGGAGCUCAGAUGGUUGCAUUUAAUAUGCAGGGAUAUGGAAGAUCACUUUGGUUGAUGCAAGGGAUGUUCAGAGCCAAUGGUGGAUGCGGAUAUAUUAAAAAACCAGAUUUCUUGCUGAAGUCUGGUCCACUGAAUGACCUCUUUGAUCCAAAAGCUCCCUUACCCGUGAAAACAACAUUGAGGGUGACUGUAUUUAUGGGUGAGGGCUGGCAUAAAGAUUUCGAUCACAACCAUUUCGAUUUAUAUUCCCCUCCAGAUUUUUAUGCCAGGGUUGGAAUUGCUGGAGUUCCUGCCGAUAAAAUAAUGAAGAAGACAAAGACGCUUGAAGAUAACUGGACCCCUACUUGGAAUGAGGAAUUCGAGUUCCCACUCACUGUCCCGGAGCUGGCUUUGCUCAGAAUCGAAGUUCAUGAGUAUGACAUGUCUGAGAAGGAUGACUUUGGAGGUCAAACAUGCCUACCCGUCUCGGAACUGAGGAGUGGCAUAAGAGUGGUAUCGCUCCACGACCUUAAAGGAGAUAAGUACAAAUCUGUAAAGCUGCUUAUGCGCUUUGAAUUUUGUUGAUUCAUUGAUUUGAGGAAUAAUGAGGGCAAUGCAGCUUUUAUGUAAAGCAUCACUAUCGGCUUGUUAGUAUUCUUGUGCGAGAUUGUAUGUAGCCUAGUCAUGCUUCCUUGGGGAAUUUGAGUUGUAAGAUGAGUUUGAAAGUCAUAACCUAUCUGUUGAUAUGUAUACGAGUUUUUGACAUUGC